AUGACGCAAUUAGAAAUUGCAGCUGGUUCUAUUUUAACAAGAGCCGUUACUCUUGAUAAAACCAACAGGUUUACAGAAGCUUUAGUAUGUUACCAAGAAGGUUUACAAAUAUUGGUGGAUCGUGUUAAGGUUUUGGAACCUGGAAAGAAAAAAGAAGCGUUAAAACAAAAAAUACAUGAAUAUAUAGAAAGAGCAGAAUUUAUAAAGAAACACAUUGAAAAACAAAAAGAUUUGGGUCUUUACCACGAACAAAUUUCCAUUGAAAAUAAUUCCAAAGGACACAGUUAUACUUCAUUGGUAGGAAGAUUUUUGGAUGGCGAUAUGACAACAGUGAAAGUUGAAGAUCCAUACAUUAGAAAUUAUAAUCAGUGUAGAAACUUUUUACAGUUUUGUGAACUCCUCGUUAAAAAAUGUUUUAAUUUAAAACAAAUUUUUUUGUUGACCGGUUCCGAUGCUAAAAAUGCUGACGAUCAAAAAUCAUGGUUGAAUUCGAUUAAAUACAGUUUAGAAAAUAGUUACAAUAUAAAACUAAAUGUUGAAUUUUCUUCCACGCUUCAUGACAGACAAAUAACAUUAGGAAACGGUUGGGUCAUUAAAAUAGGAAGAGGUUUAGAUUAUUUUAAACCAGCCGAAAGCAAAUUUGCCAUUGGAGCAAUCGAUUACGAUUUGAGACAAUGUCAUGAAACAACUGUCGAUAUAUUUCACAGCAAAGAUGUUAAACAUUCUUUCGGAUAA